CAUAAAAACAUUAGUGAUAGGAAAAUCAUAGACAGUAGAGGAAAAUCCAUCUACCUUGUGAUUUGACGUUAUAAACACGCGACGCUUGCUUGUCAGUCACGUGAUCCGGGGUGUGAAGGAAGACAACAGUCAGAGUAAAAUUCGCUGCACUGCCUAGAAAUGACCACCGCUCUGACCCAAGGUUUAGAGAGAAUACCCGAUCAGAUUGGGUAUUUGGUUAUCAGUGAGGAAGGUGUACUCGCGUCUGCAGGAGAGCUAGAGAAUGACGAGCACACCGCAGGAGUGAUCAUGCAGAUGGUCAGAACCGCUUGUCGUUUCAGAUUGCAUGGGACCGCUGAGCCCCCUUUCAAACGCAUGUCAGUGAUGUUUGAAGACUACGUUUAUGCUGUGACCAUCUCCGGACAGAAAGUUUUUGUAGUCAAAAGGCAGAACAACCAGCGGGAACCUGUUAUUGUGUAGUAAAGAGGAUAAUAUGGACUGAUCGUACCUAUUAUGACAAGCUCAAAAUGGUGCCCUCACAUUGAAAUGACCCAGCCAUUGCAACUAUCUGAUGUUUAGCACAAUCACACUCAAUUUCUUUUGUAAAAUGACUUUAUUACACCGAUUUGGGGGGGUCAGGUGUAUUUGACCUGAACCAGAGUAAGUUCAUGUGUUUUUCUUGUAUGAUUCUAAUGUUACAGUCUGGUUAAGGGAUUUAUCAUUACUAUGUCUUUUAAUGCAGGAGUAACUGCUGUCAAUAUUUUAGCCCCAAUUUAUGCUUGAGUGGUCACAUUUCAGGUAUUACUGGGGUUCAUUAUAUAUAUGUGUGAUUACAUUUAACCCAUACAUCCAUUAACAUAUGGUUUCCUCAUACAAAUAUAAGACCUUAAGGACCUGCUUAUCACAUUCUAUUUUUAUGCAGGAAUUAUAAUAGACUCGAAGUAUGUAUACAAACACAUGCAUUAGCCACGGAAGCAGUUUUUCUUCAACAAUGUUACACUGGGUGUUACAAUUUCAUUAUAAAUUUCAUACUCCAGUCUUAGUAAGGUGUUGCAAUGCGAAGUUAUUUUUCCUGGGAUCUGUGAAAACAGAAAUUUAAGUGCACUAAAUACAUCUUGCAGUCUAUUUCCAAAUGCAUUCAAUUAACAGGCUUGAAAUCGCAUCUUUGAAUAAUUGCAUUAACAAUAAUAUAUUAAAUAAAAUACUAUGCAGAUUUUA